AUGAACGCACCAAUGAGCACCAACAAGUUCGUCCCAAAACAAGCACUAGCACCAACCCCUCAACUCUACGACGAGCUCGUCGGCGACAGCAUGGAAAAGCUCGCACAAGUAACACUCGCCCAACUCUCACCUCUCCCAUUUGGCUCCAUAAUCCACGACAACGGCUGCGGAACCGGUGCCGCCACAGCAGCAAUCUUCAACCUAUCCACCUCCUCAAAACUCGACAUCUUAAUCCACGGUACCGACAUCAACCCCAAAGCCCUAGAACUCUACACCAGCAACCUAACCACCCGUAACUGGCCAGCAACCGCAACACAGAUGGACUCUCAAUCCCUAACCUUCCCCGAAAACACAUUCACCCACUCCAUCUCCAACGCUCUCCUCUUCGUCCUCCCCGACAACGGCAUUGACGCAGUCAAAGAAACAUACCGCACCCUCAAACCAGGCGGCACCGCCCUUUUCAACUCGUGGUUCUACGUCCCGACCAUGGCACCUCUUCAGACGGCCUCGCGAACCACACGAGCACCAGGGACGCCAUUGCCGAGAGAUGGCAUGGCGAAGUGGUCGCCCCCGGAAUUUCUACGCUCUGUGAUUGAGAAGGGUGGGUUUGAGAAGGAGAAAGUCAGGAUGGAGAAGGUGAAAGUGGUGUGUCAGACUACUGAGUUGGGACAUUUUGCGGAGAUGUUGUGGAGUUUUAUUGGGGGGACAUCGGAGGCUGGGUGGGGUGAGGGGGAUGAGGAGAAUUGGGAACGGGCGGUGGGAGUUGUGAAGGGGGAGUUGGAGGGUACGGAGGGGUUUAGGUGGGUUGGGGGUGGGAGGGCGGAGUUGGAGUUUGUGGCUAAUGUUGCUGUUGCUGUGAAGUGA